ACAUGAAAGAAUUUGAUUGUUUAAAUUUUCAGUUCUGCAUUUGCAUGUGUUAAUUUCAGUUCACAGAAUUUAUAUAUAGUUCUGUUUUAUUGUGCCUUAUUAACUAUGCAGCGAAUGGUAAGAUUAAAAAAAGAAAUGGAAAGGUUUACCCAGCAUAAUGAAGAAGGCAUUGCUUGCUGGCAAGCUGAUGAGCUUGAUGAACUUAAAGCUAGUGUUGUUGGACCAGAAAAUUCUCCUUACCAAUAUGGUAUAUUUGAACUUGAUAUUAUAAUACCAGAUAGGUAUCCCUUUGUACCACCUAAUGUUCGUUUUGUCACUCCUGUAUACCAUCCAAAUAUUGACAGCUCAGGAAGAAUCUGUUUAGAUAUUUUGAAAGUUCCUCCUCAGGGAACAUGGAAGCCAUCACUGAAUUUAGUUGAUGUGCUUUCCUCCAUUAGAUUUUUGAUGUCUUAUCCUAAUUUUAACGAUCCUCUCAUGACUGAAAUAUCUGAUCAGUAUCAGAGAAACUACAAUGAAUUCUAUAGGCAUGCUGAAGAGCACACAAGGAAACAUGCUAAAGAAAAUGUUAAAGAUAAGAAGCGAAGCUUUGAUUUAGCAUUUCCUGCGCCUAAAAAUGUGGUUGAACCUUGCUCAUCUUCACAAGCAAACUCAGUUGAAAAUCUGAUCGAAAACAGUACUAAAAAAAACAAAAUGUCUUUGUAAAGAUUAUGUAUUUUAUAUUAUAAACUUUAUUGUACAAAUGUAUAUAUAUAUAUAUAUAU